AUGUCGUGGCAGACUUAUGUAGAUGAACACUUGAUGUGUGACAUUGAUGGCAAUGGCCAGCAUCUUGCGGCCGCGGCCAUUGUUGGUCAUGAUGGCAGCCCCUGGGCCAAGAGUGCUAGCUUCCCUCAGUUUAAGGCUGAGGAGAUUGCUGGUAUCAUGAAAGAUUUCGAUGAACCUGGACACCUUGCUCCGACCGGCUUGCACCUUGGGGGAGUAAAGUACAUGGUAAUCGCAGGAGAAGCCGGUGCUGUCAUCCGUGGAAAGAAGGGCUCUGGAGGCAUCACUAUUAAGAAAACCGGACAAGCACUAGUAUUCGGAAUCUAUGAAGAACCAGUGACUCCAGGACAGUGCAACAUGGUUGUUGAGAGGUUGGGUGAUUACCUUGCUGAUCAAGGCCUCUAG